UGUUUUGAUGCUACAACACACACCAUUAUAUACCCAGAUUCCUCUACCCCCUUUCCUCCCGUUCCAUCCAGCUUACUUUCUGCCACACCUCGAGCGAAACAACUACACCACGAGAAGAGCUAGGGAGAUCCAUCUCCAUCCCUCCAUGGCCGACGAGUUGUGGAGUAGUACUUCUCAUAGGAGCCACGGCACGUCGGCGUGCUCGGCCGCGCCGCUCACGGUCACGGACAGGGUUACCUGUGGCUGGACCUCCCCUACGGCGGCCGCCGAGUCGACGAGCUCUAUAACCUUCCAGGAUCCCUACAGGAGCGCCACGCAUCAGCCUCUCUCCGAUGCCGCUUCGUCUCUCGGUGAUCCACACCUGGACUGGACGCAAGCUUUCUUGAGCGGGAGGAGUGAUACUAGCCUCCAAGCCGUGCUCCACGACGACAUGUUUCGAGCUCAGCCGACGGCCGACGAGGCUGCGAUGAACAAUCCGUUAUUCAGGGACACGAGCGACGGCUUCUUGCUCGGCCAGGCAUCGCUAGAGCAGUCGCAGUACGGGUACGGCACGGCGCCGUCGCAAGUCCUGUUCGACGCCACGGCGGCGCAUAACAUUUCGAUGUACGGGGACAGCCAGUCCUCGGCCAGCUACGACGCCACGGCAUCGCCGAAGUUCUCUCAGAUGCUGAAGCCCUCGGUGCCGGCGUCAACGCAGAUGCAAGGCGGCGGCGCCCAGAUGCAGUUCUUGUCCGGCAGUUACUUGCCUUUCGGUGGCCCGCUGCCGUCGCAGCUUCUCUUGCAAGCCCUGCACAGUAAGCCCAGUAGCCGCGCCUCUGACGGUAACACCGGCCUCAUGGUGAAGGACGCCUGCUUACUGGCGACGAGGAAAAGUGUCUCCGAGUCGCCUGCCGCCGCGAAAAGGCCACGGAUCGAGGCGCCAUCGCCGCUGCCGACUUUUAAGGUGAGGAAAGAGAAGCUAGGGGACAGAAUCACUGCGCUCCAGCAACUAGUUUCGCCUUUUGGAAAGACCGAUACUGCAUCGGUUCUUCACGAGGCCAUCGACUACAUCAAACUCCUUCACGAACAAGUUGCAGCAUUGAGCUCUCCGUACUUGAAAAAUGGGAUUCCCUUGCAACAAUUCCAGCAGAAGGGCUCUGAUUCUGAGGACGCGAAGGAUAACGGCGACGCGAGGCAGGAUCUGCGCAGCCGGGGCCUGUGCCUUGUCCCGGUGGCGAGCACGUAUACGGUGGCGAGCGAGACGAUGCCGGAGUUCUGGCACCCUACAUUUGGAGGCACAUUUCGGUAGAGAUAGUUAGUUUAGCUUGGUAAAGGGUGCACGUUCUAAUAGCAACGUGUACAAUUGUUCGGCCGUGGAUUAGAAACAAACGCACAUAGUGUUGAAGCUAAAGCAAAGCAAGGUCAUAUGUUUUUAUCUAAGUUAUGUACAGAUGGUGAUCAACCGAUUUAGUUGCUAGCCUGAGAAGAAAAGCAAAAAUUUAUGAUCGCCCAAGCAAUCGAAGGGUGUUUUGAAAGGAAAAAAAAAGGGAUAUGAUAAUAUAUAGGUGGUGGUCUUCUGGGACAGGCUAAAGUAAGUGUAUAUAUAAUAUGCUGGAUAAGGUGCAAAAGACAAUGAUUUAUUGAGGCCAUCUGCGGGGCAUCUAUACUCAUAUAUAUGCAGCUUUUGCAAACGAAUAAUGCAUGCUAGUUAUAUAUAGUUAGCAUUUUAGGGUGAACAGGUUGGCGUCGGAAGGGAAAGUUGGGACAGGUGCCAACAUUUGAAAGG